AUGGGAUAUAGUAGUGAUGGAUUUCCAGAAGAGAAAAAUGAAAAAUGGUCAGUUUUUUAUUGAUUUAUUUUAAUAAAUAUUGUUUUUUUUCAGGAGUUUCGAGAAAGUACGCGAAUUUGUUCGCCGAAAAACCCGACGAAGAAUAGAUGAUUAUUAUGAUCUUGUUCCGAAACCUGGAACACAAUUUUGUAUACAUUUAACUAUUCGAAGUAUACAGGUAAAUAUUUUCAAGUUUAUGGAUCAGGUUGAUAAAAUUAAAAUUAAAACAUUUAGUAUUUCCUGAAUUUUUAAAAAAACAUGUUAAGUUUUUUCUAGCCGAAGCACCUCAUUAAGAUGGGUCAGGUAGAAAAAAUCCAUGAAUUUUCUAUAAUAAAAAAUUCUUUCUUCCAAAAUCGUCCAAUAAGAUUUUUUAGUUCAAUAAAAAGUGUUUUCUUCUUUCAGACAGCUACAGUUUUUGGAAGUAUUCUAGGACCUGUUACUUCGUUGUUGAUGCAAAAAACUGAGAAAAAUGAGCUGAUGUGAGUAUUUUUUUUUCAUUUUUUCAAACUUUGUUUCUUCAAAACAAAUUCUUCUUGCAGAAAUUCAAUGGUAAUUGGUGGAAUGAAUGGUGCAUUGGUUGGUGCAGCUCUUGGACCUGUUUUAUCGCUUGCAAUGUGUAAAAAUAUGAACAAAAUGAAAAAGUUAGAGAAAUUGGUUAAAAACAAGUGAGUCUAAGAAUGUUUUUUUUCGAAAACAAAAAAAAAUCUGAAUUAUAUUUUUUAGUUUUGAUUCAAGUCAACUUUGGCAAGAUCAUAUUGCAAUAGCAUCAGCUGCCAUUGGAUAUAUGUCACAUGGUCAAGUUGGUUUGGUUGUUGGUCUCGAUUUAUCGCUCAUAUUUGCUCUUGUUACUAGGAAUUGGUAG